AAGUUCGAGGUUCUGGACUUUGAAAGGAGUCCUUACAGAGAGCAAGGCAGGAGCGGCUUUGUGCAGAAAUGGCAGCAAACACUUCUCCUCUGGAGGCAGAUCUUUCCUGUGCUGUGUGCUAUGAGAUUUUCAAGGAUCCUGUAACUCUUCAUUGUAACCACAGCUUCUGUAAAGCAUGUCUGGAUCAGUGCUGGAAAAAGAAGAGAGUUCGGGAGUGUCCCGUGUGCAGGACGAGGAGUUCAAUGGAUCGUCCUGUCAAUUUUGCUCUCCGGAAUAUUGUGGAGUCCUUCUUAAAAGAACAAAGUCAGAAUCCUCCAGCACCUACUGGAAUACUCUGCAGUCUGCAUGAUGAGAAACUGAAGCUCUUCUGUGUGGAUGAUAAAGAGGCUGUCUGUGUUGUGUGUCAAACUUCAGAGAAACAUGAGAAUCACAAGCUCCGUCCUGUUCAGGAGGCUGCACAGGAUUAUAAGGGAGAACUCAAGACUGCACUGAAGCCCUUGCAGGACAAGCUGAAAACCUUUAAUAAAGUUAAAAACGAGUGUGAUAAAUCAGCAAAGCACAUCAAGAAACAAGCCCAGCAAACAGAGAGGCAGAUAAAGGAGGAGUUUGAGAAACUUCACCAGUUUCUACGAGAUGAAGAAAAGGCCAGGAUAGCUGCACUGAGGAGGGAAGAGGAACAAAAGGGAAGAAUAAUGAAAGAGAAGAUUGAAAAACUUAGAAGAGAAAUCUCAUCCCUUUCAGACACAAUCAGAGUGAUAGAAGAGGAGAUGGAAGCUGAAGACAUCUUCUUCCUGCAGAAGUACAAAGACACACAGAGAAGAGCCGAGUGCACACUGCAGGAUCCACAGUGUGUUUCAGGAGCGCUGAUAGAUGUAGCCGAGCACCUGGGCUCUCUGAAGUACAAAGUGUGGGAGAAGAUGCUGGGGAUUGUUCAAUACACACCAGUGACUCUGGAUCCCAACACAGCACGCCCUGAUCUGAUACUGUCUGAGGAUCUAACAAGUGUGAGACGCAGCGAUGAGAGACAGCAGCUUCCUGACAACCCAGAACGGUUUGAUAUCUGGGCUUGUGUGCUGGGAUCUGAGGGGUUCACUUCAGGGAAACACUGCUGGGACGUGGAACUGGGGAGCAAUACUCACUGGUUUCUGGGUGUGACAAAAGAGUCCAGCCAGAGGAAAGGGAAAUUCAUUCCGCACCCAGGAGCAGGAUACUGGGCUAUUGGUCUGAGGGAUGGGGAUCAGUACUGGGCAGGGACCUCACCACGGACACGAGUCACUGUGGAGAAGAAACCCCAGAAGAUCAGAGUUCAGCUGGACUGUGACGGGGGGGAGGUGGCAUUCUUUGACUCCAGUGAUAUGAGAAAACCUCUCUACACUUUUAAACACAGAUUUACUGAGAAGAUGUUUCCAUAUUGCUGUCCUGACUUUUCUAACUCCCCCCCCCUCAGAAUGUGCCAUAUGAAUGCAGUCAUAAAAGUGGACAAGGCCAAUGUGUUCAUGAUAAACAAUAGGGAUGUAUAAUUAAUAAUAAUAAUAAUAAUAAUAAUAAUAAUAAUAAUAAUAAUAAUAAUAAUAAUAAUAAUAAUAAUAAUAAUAAUCAGGACGUGAUUGGGAGUGAAAUAAAUAUUGAAAAGGAACGGAAACAUUUUAAAUACAAAAUAAAUCCAGUUUACACUGACAGGGAAGGGGUCCUUUUUCCUUUUAAUGCAUGAAGAUUCAAUGUGAGGGAGGGAGGAGGGUAUUAUAAAUACUCUAUCCUGAUUGGUCAAAACCAGUCACAUGGGGGUGUUGAUAUUGCAGCAUACAGGGUAAAAGAGGAGAGAGGGGGUAAGAGGAGAAACACGGGUAAGAGAGGUGAGAUGAGAUAUAGAGGUAA